AUGGAUGCAGGGCAUGCGGUAGCGGCGUGCCACGGUGGUUUGGGCGUGGUGCUUCCAAAUCAGGCAAGAAUAUUGGAGUUCGCGAGUAACAGCCACCUGCAGCACUCGCGUCUGCGCCUAGAAGCUAUGGCCGGCCGUCGUCCAGCCAACGCUGGUAAGGCCAAUGCCAAUUUGCCUCCAUAUGUUUUUUGUUCCCCGGAACAGGCUCAAAAUCAUGCCGAACAAACGCGUAACGGAAUGUAUUCUCUUAACACGGCGGAGAUAUUCUGGCGAGACAGGCAGCCCUACCUCGACGAGCGCGGUUAUGCACUACGGCCUCGAUAUCAUCAGAAUUGGUCUCCGUCGUGGCAAGGAACCAACAUGGAGCCAAUGUUUUGCGAAGAUUCGAUAAGAUUGAUAAUCUGUGUUGUCAUCGAUGCUAUUCGCAAGUCUGACGGGCUGUCGGUCUCCAUAAAGAUAGUGAAGCGAGACGAUGACGAAGUCCGCAUCGCGAGCUAUCUAUCAAGACCUGAAGUGUCCUCACACCCUCUGAAUCACUGUGUGCGUGUAUUGGAUAUAUUCCCGGAUCUCUUUGACCAAGAGACGGCGUUCUUGGUCAUGCCCUAUCUUCGCCCUUUUAACAAUCCCGACUUUGGUGCGAUCGGGGAAGUCACCGAAUUUGUUAGGGAAACGCUGGAGGGUUUAACUUUCCUGCAUAGUCAACAUGUCGCACAUCGGGACUGUGCAGCCGCUAACAUCAUGAUGGACGGCACACCGCUGUUUCCACAGGGUCACCAUCCCGUGCGUCGCCAAAGCAGUCCAGAUGGUAUCUACCUCCUAUCACCUCUAUCUCGUAUCGACCAUCCCGUUCGAUACUACUUUAUCGACUUCGGCAUCUCUUCUCUGUUCAAGGAGGGCGAAUCGCCAUACGUUGUAGGGAGGAAGGGACGGGACAAGGAGCUUCCGGAGUUAUCGGACGAUGUUCCGUACAAUGCUUACAAGGUCGACGUCUUCAUCCUGGGCAAUUUAUUCAAAAAGGAUUUUUUGCAGAAGUAUUAUGGCCUUGAAUUCCUUGAACCCCUGGUAAAAGCCAUGACCGCGCGAGAUCCGGCCCAUCGUCCUGACGCAGAGGUCGCACUGUCAAUAUAUCAUGAUAUCCGUCGAGGGCUGGAUCCUUCGCUGCUGCGCUGGCGGCUUCGUGCGCGAGACGAAUCUGCACCCGAGCGUAUCCUCUAUGACUCUGUCGCAGUUGCACGGGAAGGUAUAUACCGCCUGAAGCAUAUCGUCGGUUAG